UCUGGUUUCUCGGGCUUUGGUGGUCGUCUCGGCCACGGUGCUUUGGUGUGUCUGGCGGUCGCCGCCUUCGUCAGGCGAUGGGGUGCGGCCCGGACAUCUCAGUGGAUGGUUUCUUGAGGUAAAGGCGGUUGGGGUUGGCAUUGGCGCCGACACUGGCUGCAGCCACCGGGGGUGAAGGGGUUGGGGGGGGCACAUGGGGACAACUCCAGUUGAGCCGGUGGUGGGGAGGUGAGCAACGCUCUGGUUGUGUAGGCAGCAGGAAUCCACCAUCGAGGCACAUGUACAGCGGCGGUUCUUGACAGCAAAUGACAACCCAAGGUGUCAUGCUUGUAUGAUUACGGUACGUACUAUGCUUACGGCCAUUCUGAUAAGAAGAGGCUUGCUAACUGAUAUAUACUUUUUCCUUUCCUUCUUUCCUUCUUCCCUUCUUCGUAUCGCAUUCAACACGGAUGUGGUGUGAAGAAGGCGAAGAGGAGCCAAAUAUUAAGAAUUUAUUCCUUUCCCAAGGUUGUCAUCCCAGUCAGUUCCAGCUCAUGUGGAUGGUGUUCCUGCGUAAGCCCUGGCAACCAGGGCAAUGUUGCUCACCCAAUCCCUGCCACCGAAGGCUCAACCGGAGUUGUCCUCGCCCUUUCCAUACCCUGGAUCCUCCACCGGUUGUAGUCAGUGUCACAGCCAUGUUAGUCCAGCCUCAGCCCUCACCUUUGCCUCCGGAUUCCGUGAAGCUGGGGUGUCCGGGUUGGGGUGUUCGGCCAGCGGUGUGGGUGGUACGCCGCGAUGGAGAGCGUCGGCUUUCCAGGCUAGCCGAGUAAAAAUUCGGGGUGUUGUGCGAAUCCCGUCUUUGGCUUGAUCACGUCGUCUCUUAAGGUCUUGGUGGAUGAUUCAUGAUGGUU